UUGUCGUACUGUCAUGGCUGAAGAUGGGGCAAAGUAUAAGCUGACUGCGGCAAAAAGUGGUAAAACGCAAAAGGAAAAAGACAAUUCUGACUCCGAAGUAGAAAAUAAUACAGACAUAUCAAAGAUCCUCCAUCGUAAGUUGUCCGAUGUUGGAGCCUACUCGUACUCAGCACUGUGUGCGGUCUCCUUCCUACAGCUGUACGAGGACAAACUGCACAAUGAAUUUAAGAAAGUCUACAUGGAAAGGAUUGUGGACCACCUACAUCUACCAAGCCAGGCAAGGGAUUCAGUGAUGGCAAUCAUGGAAGGUCAGGGUUUUGACGACGCCCGCCCCUAUGUAGACAUGGUCCUAGAUGAACCUGUCCUGGAAAAGUCUGGUGUGCCAGUCGUGUCAGACCUCGUAGCUCUGUCCAUCGCUAAGGGUUGCUAUGACUCCCGGAUGAGAGUGUUGAUUAAACAUGUUGCCUGGCAACUGAGAGUAAGUUGGGACACUCUGGAGGAGAUUGAGGCUUCCAUGGCUGACUCUCUGGAAUCAGCCAGCCAUGAAGCGUAUGAGAUGUCAGAGGAAGAAUUGAAAGAAAAACAGAGGAAUUCAAGGAAGGAAAAGGCAAAAAGAUUUGCUCUUAUUGGUCUGGCUACAACAGUAGGAGGUACCUUGAUUGGUUUAACAGGCGGGCUUGCUGCUCCUUUAGUUGCCGCUGGUGCCGGCGCUAUUAUUGGUGGAACCGGAGCGGCAGUGCUGGGUUCAACAGCAGGAGUGGCCAUCAUAGGCUCCUUGUUUGGUGUUGCAGGGGCUGGCCUCACAGGGUACAAGAUGAAGAAGCGAGUGGGUGCCGUAGAAGAGUUUGAGUUUGAGCCGCUGGUAUUUGGUUCACGACUCAAGGUUGAUCCUCACCCUGCCAAACAGCUACAUAUCACCCUAGCAGUGUCUGGCUGGCUGUCCACCUCCAUGACUGACUUUCGAUAUCCUUGGUAUUCCCUGGCUGAGUCUAGGGAACAGUACAGCCUCCGCUGGGAAUCUAAGUACCUGAUCCAGCUCGGCCAGGCUCUUGACUACCUCCUCGGGGGUGCCAUGUCUGUAGCCACACAGGAGGCCCUCAAAUACACAGUACUCUCAGGUAUCUUGACUGCUAUUGCCUGGCCAGCAACACUGUUAUCUGUGUCUAGUGUGAUAGACAAUCCAUGGAGUGUGUGUAUACAGCGUGCAACAUCAGUGGGACGGGAGCUCGCAGAGGUUUUACUGGCAAGGGAACAGGGUCAGCGGCCGGUUACACUGAUCGGGUUUAGUCUUGGUGCAAGAGUUGUCUUCUCUUGUCUUGAGGAACUCUCCAAAAGAAAGGGUGGUGAAGGAAUCAUAGAAGAUGCUGUUCUAUUAGGUGCUCCCGUGUCAGGUGACCCUAAACUCUGGAGCUCUUUAACGCGAGUUGUUGGGGGGAAAAUCAUCAACGGGUAUUGCAGAGGUGACUGGUUGUUGAAGUUCCUGUUCCGUACAGCGUCAGUGCAUUUAACGACAGUUGCCGGGCUGAGUCCCAUUAAGUGGGACAGCCGACGCAUGCACAACAUAGACCUCAGUGACGUGGUAAAUGGCCAUAAAGACUACUUGAAGCAGUUGGAUGUCAUUCUGAAAGUUGUUGGUGUUCGAACCAAAGGUGACGUAAAGUUGCCGUCCAAGUCUUCUAGAGAACCCCUAUCUCGUGGUGAUAGCUGUGAUAGCUACACAAGUAGUGACAGCGAGGUGGAUACCAGUUCUGAUGUCAUACGUCAUACAAACCUCCCGGCAGACCAAGAUCAGGUGUCUAGGGGUUUAGGAGGUGAUGUAGACCAAUCAGAUAUAAGCUUUGUGUUUUUGCCUAAUGGAGAGGAAUGUGAAGAUCGUGGCAUUGAUUCUGAACCACCGAACCCAUCUACCGAAGAGGAGACUGAACAGAGUAGUGAUGGUUUCAGUGGACCUGAAAACCCUGACACGUCCAAACAGGUCCCGACUGAUCAGUCAGAUUUAAGCUUUGAGCCCAUUGCUGAAAAACCAAAGUCACAACAAAGAAAUCAAAUCAAGGCUGGCAUUGACUCCUCUGAUUUGAGCUUCAUCCCCAUUGACGAUGUUCACCAAGACGAAGGUCAUAAGUCGGAGCAACAGAUUCAGUGCAAUUUUGAAAAUUUGAAAAUAAAGAAAAAGAAAGUUUUUGAAGAAAAUUUGAAAAUUAAGAAAGAAAGAGUUUGUGAAGAUGAUUCAAACACUCCUGAAUGCACUACAGGGUCAGUCGACCAAUCAGAUUUUAGUUUUGUGAAAAUUAGUGAAGACAGUUUGGAGGCAAAUGGUGAGGAAAGUAUUUCCAUGGAUUUGUCCAACAGAAGUUUUAAGCAGUAUCUGGGAACAGUGAUAGAUUGUGAUCUUGAGGGAGAUUGAUUAGCUGAGAGAUUGGUUAGCUGAGAGAUUUAGCUGAGAGAUUGUUAGCUGAACUCAUAUCAGCCUUGACUCUGUGUAAUGCCUUUUUUUUUUUUUUU